GCCCCGCCGCGAAUGCAGCAGCAGCGCCGAGGCCGGAGGAGCCACCGCCGCCACCACCGCCGCCACCGCCACCGCCUCCCGGGACUCGGAACCCAGCGCUCGGAGCCAUGGCCUCGGCCCCCGCGGAGGCGGAGACCCGACAGAGGCUUCUACGCACCGUCAAGAAGGAGGUGAAGCAGAUCAUGGAGGAGGCUGUGACACGCAAGUUUGUCCACGAAGACAGCAGCCACAUCAUCUCCUUCUGUGCGGCUGUGGAGGCCUGCGUCCUACACGGGCUUCGGCGGCGGGCGGCCGGCUUUCUACGCAGCAACAAGAUCGCAGCCCUCUUUAUGAAAGUGGGCAAGAGCUUCCCGCCGGCUGAGGAUCUGAGCCGCAAGGUGCAAGACCUGGAGCAGCUGAUUGAGAGCGCGAGAAACCAGAUCCAGGGCCUCCAGGAGAAUGUGCGGAAGCUGCCGAAGCUGCCCAGCUUGUCCCCACUUGCCAUCAAGCAUCUGUGGAUUCGCACGGCCUUGUUUGAGAAGGUCCUGGACAAAAUUGUGCAUUACCUUGUGGAAAACAGCAGUAAAUACUAUGAGAAGGAAGCUCUCCUGAUGGACCCUGUGGACGGCCCCAUCCUUGCGUCUUUGUUGGUGGGGCCCUGUGCCCUAGAGUACACCAAGAUGAAGACUGCAGAUCACUUCUGGACCGAUCCCUCAGCUGACGAACUUGUCCAGAGGCACCGCAUCCACAGCUCCCACGUGCGGCAGGACUCGCCCACCAAGCGUCCCGCGCUCUGUAUCCAGAAGAGGCAUUCCAGUGGCAGCAUGGACGACCGGCCAUCCCUCUCUGCCCGCGAUUAUGUGGAGUCCCUGCAUCAGAACUCCCGUGCCACCUUGCUCUAUGGCAAAAACAACGUUCUAGUUCAGCCGAGGGACGACAUGGAGGCUGUGCCAGGGUACCUGUCCCUGCACCAGACGGCUGACGUCAUGACCUUGAAGUGGACCCCCAACCAGCUGAUGAACGGGUCUGUGGGGGACCUGGACUAUGAGAAGAGCGUCUACUGGGACUAUGCCAUGACCAUCCGCCUGGAGGAGAUUGUCUACCUGCACUGCCACCAGCAAGUGGACAGCGGCGGGACAGUGGUAUUGGUCAGCCAGGACGGGAUCCAGAGGCCGCCCUUCCGCUUCCCCAAGGGUGGGCACCUCCUGCAGUUCCUCUCGUGCCUGGAGAAUGGGCUGCUCCCACAUGGGCAGUUGGACCCGCCACUGUGGUCCCAGCGGGGUAAAGGCAAAGUGUUUCCUAAACUGCGCAAGCGAAGCCCUCAGGGUUCUGCCGAGUCCACAUCUUCAGACAAAGACGAUGACGAGGCCACGGAUUAUGUGUUCAGGAUCAUCUACCCUGGCAUGCAGUCGGAAUUCGUUGCCCCCGACCUCUUGGGCAGCACUUCCUCCAUCUCUGUGGGCCCUGCCUGGAUGAUGGUUCCUGCAGGCCAGUCCAUGCUGGUGGUGGCCAGAGGGAGUCAGUGGGAGCGAGCCAGAUGGGACACUACUCUCCCCACGCCGAGCCUGAAGGAGCAGCCCCCCAUGCCCCAGGAUCUGAUGGAUGUCUCCGUGAGCAACCUCCCAUCCCUAUGGCAACCCAGUCCCCGGAAGUCCUCCUGUUCCUCCUGUUCACAGAGUGGCUCGGCUGAUGGUGGCUCAACCAAUGGCUGCAACCACGAGAGGGCUCCCCUGAAACUUCUCUGUGACAAUAUGAAGUACCAGAUCCUCUCCAGAGCCUUCUAUGGAUGGCUGGCCUACUGCAGACACCUGUCCACCGUAGAGGACCACCUGUCAGCCCUGGUCAAUCCAACAUAUCGGUCUCCGGACUUGCCCUGCGAUGCUGGACAGGGGCUGACAGCCGGGAUCUAGCAGUACCUUCAGGACAGCACAAGUUACGAGGAGCGGGAGCUGCUGCGCCUCAUCUACUACGGGGGCAUCCAGCCUGAGAUCCGCAAGGCCGUGUGGCCCUUCCUCCUGGGCCACUACCAGUUCGGGAUGACGGAAACAGAAAGGAAAGAGGUGGAUGAGCAGAUUCAUGCCUGCUACGCACAGACCAUGGCCGAGUGGCUGGGCUGCGAGGCGAUCGUGCGGCAGAGGGAGCGGGAAUCCCAUGCGGCCGCCCUGGCCAAAUGCUCAUCUGGGGCCAGCCUGGACAGCCACCUGCACCGGAUGUUGCACAGGGACUCAACCAUCAGCAACGAGUCCUCCCAGAGCUGCAGUUCGGGCCACCAGAACAUCCGCCUGCACAGCGACUCCAGCAGCAGCACACAGGUGUUUGAGUCUGUGGAUGAGGUGGAGCAGGUGGAGGCUGAAGGCAGAUUGGAGGAGAAACAGCCCAAGAUCCCCAAUGGGAACCUAGUGAAUGGCACUUGUUCCCCAGACUCGGGUCAUCCUUCCUCCCAUAACUUCUCCUCGGGCCUCUCAGAGCACUCGGAGCCCAGUCUGAGCACAGAAGACAGUGUCUUGGAUGCCCAUCGGAACACUCCCCCGGUGCUGCGACCUCGGGAUGGCAGCGUGGAUGACAGGCAGAGCAGCGAGGCCACCACAUCCCAGGAUGAGGCUCCCCGGGAGGAGCUGGCCAUGCAGGACAGCCUGGAGAGCGACCUCCCGGCCAACGAGAGCAUGGACGAGUUCAUGUCCAUCACGGGCAGCCUGGACGUGGCCCUGCCUGAAAAGGACGAUGUCGUGAUGGAGGGCUGGAGGAGCAGCGAGGCAGAGAAACGUGGCCAGGCAGACAGCGAGGACAACCUUUCGGAGGAGCCUGAGAUGGAAAGUCUCUUCCCUGCCCUGGCUUCUCUGGCUGUGACUACUUCUGCCAACGAGGUGUCCCCUGUGUCUUCAAGCGGCGUCACCUACUCUCCAGAGCUGCUGGACCUGUACACGGUGAACCUGCACCGCAUCGAGAAGGAUGUGCAGAGGUGUGACCGCAACUACUGGUACUUCACUCCCGCCAACUUGGAGAAGCUGCGUAACAUCAUGUGCAGCUACAUCUGGCAGCACAUUGAGAUUGGCUAUGUCCAGGGCAUGUGUGAUCUUCUGGCUCCACUGCUGGUCAUUCUGGAUGAUGAGGCGCUUGCCUUCAGCUGCUUCACGGAGCUCAUGAAGAGGAUGAACCAGAACUUCCCCCACGGAGGCGCCAUGGACACGCACUUUGCAAACAUGAGGUCAUUGAUCCAGAUCCUGGACUCGGAGCUGUUUGAGCUGAUGCAUCAGAAUGGGGACUAUACUCACUUUUACUUCUGCUACCGCUGGUUCCUGCUGGAUUUCAAGCGAGAACUCGUCUAUGAUGACGUCUUCUUGGUCUGGGAGACCAUCUGGGCAGCCAAACAUGUCUCCUCAGCACACUACGUCUUGUUCAUUGCGCUGGCUCUGGUGGAAGUCUACCGCGACAUCAUUUUGGAGAACAACAUGGAUUUCACAGACAUCAUCAAAUUCUUUAAUGAAAUGGCUGAGCGACACAACACCAAGCAAGUCCUGAAGCUGGCGCGGGACCUCGUGUACAAGGUGCAGACUCUGAUUGAGAACAAGUGAGGGGCACCUCACCCAGGCAGCCUCAGCCAAGCUGCCCCACCUGUUCCUCUGCUUAUUUUUCCUCCUGGCUGGACGGUCACCCCAGGAGCGGGGUCCUGGUGUCUGUUCACAAGCAUGGAGUUCAGUGCAAAAAGAAACUACCGUGACUUUCACUUCUGGGCAGAUGGGGUGGAGGGAGUACCCCUUCAAUUUAGCCUUACGUUUUCCUGUUUGACCAAAGAUUGCCCAAGUCUGGCGUUCCUCCCUUGCAGGAGGUAGGGGAUGUUGGUGGACGAGGAGCCAUCGUUGUUUGCUGGUGUCCAGAAUGGUCUCCUCUUCUUCUUUCCCUAUCCCUCCAAACUGUCUUGUAAGAUGAGACCUGGGAAGGGAAUUUCUUUUUGGAAAUUGGUGUAGAAGAGGUGUGUGGGGCUACCUCUGUGCUCCUCGGCAAGGGGCCUUUGGCGAUAUUCUGGACAUGGCUAGAGAUUGACCCUCCACGUCGACAUGACUGACAUUUGCAGCCAGGUGAUUCUUUUUGAGGGGACUGUCUUCUGCAUUGUAGGAUGCUGAGCAGCAUCCCUGGCCUCACCAGAUGCCAGUCGCACCAUCCCCCACUCACACCCCAGUUGUGACAACCCCCAAAAAUGUCUCUAGACAUUGCCAAAUGUUCCCUGCGGGCAAAGUUGCCCCCAUUUGAGAACCACUGGCUUGGAGGAGGGACUACAAAUGACUUGCUCCCCCAUUCUUUUGAUGCUAAACCACCCUGGUCCUGAGGCCUCCCCCCACUUAGAAAAGGCACACAGGAGGCCCGGCGCGGUGGCUCACGCCUGUAAUCCCAGCGCUUUGGGAGGCCGAGGCAGGCGGAUCACAAGGUCAGGAGUUCUGAGACCAGCCUGGCCAACAUAGUGAAACCCUGUCUCUUCUAAAAAUACAAAAAAUUAGCUGGGCGUGGUGGCGGGCACCCGUAAUCCCAGCUACUUGGGAGGCUGAGGCAGGAGAAUCGCUUGAACCUGGGAGGUGGAGGUUGCAAUGAUCUGAGAUCACACCACUGCACUCCAGCCCCGGUGACAGUGCGAGACUCUGUCUCAAAAAAAAAUAAAAAAAGAAAAGGCACACAGGAGUCCCUCACACAUCUCUCUUGGAGUCUGGGAUUCCAUCUGUUAUAUUUUCUCCUUUUUUUCUCCUCUGUGUGAUGCCAGAAGAUACUCGUUUUCUUCUUUUCAAGAAAUGCAUCUCCCCACAUAGGGAGUGGACCCAAAAAGUGUCUGUAGGCAUGAGACGGUCAGAGCUCUUUGGGGUCCUGCUCAGAGCCCCCCAGGCCGGGCAGAGUCUGUAUCCUGCUGCCAUCUUGCAAGGGAAAACCGCCUUUCCUUCCAAGUAUUGGGUCUUAGAAAUGUGUGUGUUUGGUGAAAGCUGCUUAAUGGUGGUGGGGUGCAGCUUUUCUCUAAGCGCAGUUACUCACUCAGGACAAAGGAGGAAAAGGAAGGCAGAGGUCGGCCAGGGUAGAGCAUGGUGUGUGUUUUCCUUGGGGAACAUCAGCUGAUGAGCUGGGUCCAGGACCAUGCUAGGUCUGGGAACAGUCCCCCCGAGGUCUUCACACAGAGUGUCACCAAUCUACAAACAGACCUGAAGUGAGCUAGUGUACUCUGCCUACCUGUCCUCUUGAUAGAGCAGUCUUGCCCGCUCUUCUGUUCUGAGAAUGCACCCAGAAUGGGGGAAACCCAGCAAGCAUCAGAGAGAAAGACUCUUCUCGGGAGACCUGCCACCUCUAGGGUGGUCAAAGAAUGGCAGCUGGGAUUUUGGAGAGGGGAGAGGAUAGGUAAAGCAGCGUAUUGAAGCAUAGGCGAAGGGGCGUAUUAGUCCUCCCAUCCUGAGCACACCGGGAUUGGGAUGCAUCCUUGCCUUGUGUGCUUGUGAAGGCUUCUUUCGCUCGGUACAGCAACUUCAACUGCACCUGAACCUCCAACCUCUGCCCAGCCUCUGGUGCAGGGUGGAUAGAGGUCUAGUCAACCCUUACUUUCUGAAGAGAGCUCUGUGGGAGACUUGAGGCUACUGUAGCCUUCAUGGCUCCCAGCUCCUACCCCACCCCACCAAAGCAGAAACGGGAGACGGCAACGUUCUGGCUGCCAUUAGACUUGCGUCUCCUUGCCCUACGUACCCCAGCUUCCAAGACAGGAAGAAAUGUGUAAAACGCCCCUCCGGAGAAAACUGUAUUUUGCCAUUCAGCUGUUCUUUACACAGGGUGUUAUUUUGGUGAGACCCAGGUCCCAGACCUUCUGGUUCCUAUUUAUUUUUUUAACAGACUAGUCUCGAAGUACAGCACAAAAUCUCUUCUCUGCCUUCUCUCGUGAUGUUCCAGAGAGCAUCUGUGGUUGUGAUUUGGAAUAAGUCAUAUUUAUUUGGUUUACUGUGCCUAUUCAGAUCUGUAUGUCGUGUGUGUUUCUGUGUCCUGGAAUUGGAUGCGUAGGAGUUGUUCUGUCCACGGAGUGCACUCUUUUUUUUUCAAUGUGGCCCACAUAUCUUGUAAAUGUUUGCUGAAGAGUUGUGUCUAUAUAUAGAGAAAAUAUAUAUAAACAGAAAUAUGUGAA